UAAGAAAUUAAUAUAGCCACUACAGUGACCAUCAAAACCAUGAAAAAAUAUUGCCGUAAACAGUUUAUUUUGCGACACCACGAAACAAACGAUAGUGUAAAAUGAAACGUUUUUAUAUCGGUAUCCGAUACAUAUCGUUAUAUCGAACAGCCCUAGCAAUAAGUAUGGCCUUAUGUUAAAAAAUUAUGUUUAAAUGGCAUGAUACGAAAGGGCCCUUCACAAGCGUCGAUACAUGAAGAACAAACACCAAUUUUCAUUUUAUCUUUGAGAUGCCACUGGCUAAGAAACAUGGCAGUAUUUGGAACUCUGAGAAUGAGACUGGGCUAAUCGAGGUCAUCUUAAAGCUUUUAAAAUCUAUUAAUAAUACAAAUAGGACAGACUAAGUGGCAAUCAGGCUAAAGCAGGCUAACCCCUGCUCACUCCAAAAGACUAAAACUCAAAAAGUACAUCUGAGGUUUCAUAUUUUCUUAAGUUUUAAUUUUCCUGCAGGUCUUUUUUUUUAUUAUGAACAGCUUCUAACAUUAAAAAUAAGACUUAAAAUAAUUGUAUGAGUCACUCAUUGAGUGAAAUGGGAAGGCAAGACCUCAAACUAAAAUCUUGAUCCUUUAACUUUUACUUAAAAGUGUGAAUAAGAACUUUUUCUACCAUAGUGACCUCUUUUUUUAGCACUCUUUCUCCUCACGAAUCUUAGAGCCCUUUAACUUUUAUUCAUCUCUUCUAUUUUUGCAAUAACUCAGACCUCAACAAAGUUGAGGCACCUCUAAUAAACCUUUAUUUACCCUUAUCAAACAGAACAUCGUUGUUCCGCAAAUAAGAGCCAUACUUGUUGUAUUGAAGUAAUCAUAACCUUUAGUCUUACCUCAAGUUUUAACAGAACCCUUGUUCAUUAUUUUUACCUUAAAUAUAAGCACAAGAACCCACAUAUGCACAAAGACUUUUUGCACAAGCAAGCAGGGCGCAUUGAAUUAUGCACCAAAGACAUCAGUCGAAUCAACCUGUCAGUGAGAACUGCAGAUGUGUUGAUUAAAAAAAUGUGUCUUUCAGCAACCCCUAGAAGCUGCAGAUGCUACCUGUGUGGUUUCCCCAUCAAUAAAUCACUUCCUCAUCAGGUUUGUGUCUCCUCUUGAUUAAUUAUUUUGUAAAACAAUCAAGAUAUGUUCGUCUUCUACAAUCAAAGGUUUCUGUUUCUAAUGUUGGACUGGAAUCUGCUGUCCUUAAUUGUGCCCUAUGCAAUGCUUUGUCACAUGUGAAACACUUUGUAUUUCCACUUAAAAAUAAAAAUGUUCCUUGAGUCUCUCAGUUACCUCAAACAGCCUUUGGACUCAUUCCUGUCUGAUGAACGUGAGAUGGAAAUCUAAAGGAUGUGACGUUUGAACACAAAAAUAAAACCUGAUGUGGCUGCACACAGGAUUUAGGUCCCAGUCGCACAGGCUUAAAGAUCAGGGGUUGUGAGGGCAAAUUGUUAGCAAUCCACCCCUGAGAAGUCGUGGCUCAGUGUUUGUGGACUCAGUCAUUUGGGGAUUUUUGCUUAGAACCUAACCGAUAAUUGUUUGCAGAACCCCCUGCCGAAUCUUUAAACUGUUUAAACUAUAAAAAAAUAGGCAUUUAUUGACAACAUUAGCAUUUUUUUACCAUAUCCAAAAUUCAUGGUUUUCAACAAUUCAUGCGUGCUCUAGGAAUGUAACGCUCGUGAAUUCUGGGGGUCUACUGUAUUUGCCAAGUGAUUCCUGGAGGUUGAGACCUGUUACUAAAGUUACAUUUGCUGAGGCUUACAGAAUCACUUCCAAAAUAGAGAAAAGUUUAUAUUUCCUGACCUAUUGGUGACUGGUUACCAGUAGUUACAGGGGGAGACUGGUUGCAAAGAGGUGUAAAGUGCUGCACCAAAACCCUCAUUCUUGUUGGUUUGGUUGCCCAAACAAGUGUGUGGAAAAUGCAAACUAUGGGCAAACAGCUGUUCUGUAUUUUGAGCUCUAGUGAAGUUAGAAAAAGUGAAAUGGAAAUUGGAAAUAGAGGACUCUAAAAGUAAAAGUUAUGCCUCUGCAUUGUCUCCGAUUCUGGUUUGCAAGCUUCCUACAGCUCGGUGAGUUGUUAGCGAGUGUUUCGGAACAAGCUGGCAUCUUCCAUACAAUAUUCAGGUGACCAUGGCAAACUGCUAGCAACCAAAGCAAUCGCAAGAUGGUUUUCGCCACCCAGGAGGGGAAUACCCAUCUUGGAAGGGGGUCACUAACUGGUUACUAGGCCUUUGUAACUGGCAGGUUUAAGUCAUGUGACAGCAAAACCUUAAUAUGUGCUGCCUUUUCAGCUGCUGUACAACACUCAUGACAUACAGUAUAGAGUAGUAAUACGUUGUAAGUGGAUGUUGUGGGUGAUAGCAGCUCGCUGCCUGCAGUUCAAUUAACAGCCACAGGGGUCAUUCAUAGUAACAGCUUUUUGAAGAUUAAAUGUGGGCCACAUUAUACCCACCACAUUGAUUGCUUUGGGCACGAGGAGUGGUGUCGUCACACAACCAUAUCCAUUUGGAACUGCCAUACAGCACUGUUGUACCAAGGGCAAAAGCGACGGACACCGCUGCUUCGUUACGUGCUGCUGUCGGCCAUGUUGGCUCUGCUCCUCUUCAUCAGCUCUUUCUGGCUGCCCCAGGGUGGAGUCCGGGACUGUGGCAGCCCCUGGCAGCCAUGUUUGAGUUUUUACCACCAGAAGCCGGAGCCUCCAUGGGCCCCUGAGCAGUGGGCGGAGCCAGAUGGAGCCCUGUCCCUCGUAAAGGAGUGCCCCGGCCAGUCAUUUCAGGCUUCACAUCUGCUGCUGUACCUGAAAUCCAGCCUGGCAAACGACAAAGACAUCCUGCUGGAGCCAUAUCUGAAGAGCUGGGACCAGCUGCUGAAGUUCAUGGAGUCGCUUGGGCCGAUGGUCAGUUUCUUCUCUCAGAAGGUGCAAGAAAAGGUUGUGCUGAUUCGAGAGCUGUCACUCAGACACAGUGCAGAGGCUAAUGGGAAACCCGCUGGACUACAAACCCCAGAAGCAUUUGGAUUAAAAACAGGGGCGUAUCGUUCUGUUAGAUCCAUGAUGGAGGCGGAGUUGAGAGCGGAUAUGGUUAACUUCUCGUACCGCACAGACUCAGGCUGCAGGACGCUGCUCCGGCUACACCGUUCCCUCCUCUGGCUGAAGCUAAUGUUGGAGGGUUUGGCUGAAGGACCGAAUGAAAACGGACAAUACAAAACGCCGGGGGAGCUGAGCAGGGAUGCCUACAAGGUGGCGCUGGCCCCAUAUCACCCCUGGGUGCUCCGGCAGGCAGCAGAAUUUGUCUUCCUCGCCCUUCCCGACAGACAGUACUUUCUGCAGCUGGUGUGUGUGCAGAACCAGCAGGAGGCUACGCCCAUCCUGCACAUCAUCAUCGACGCCCUGAUGCUGGUGCACACACGAACUCAGCAGCUUCUGGCCGAGCGAGACAUGCUGGAUCUACCCUGACCAGCCAACUCAGUCUCACGGCAGUUUGUGAGACAGUCACAAUAUUUAAUCUUAAUCUUAUUUAAUCCUAUUUUUUCAUUACAAGAAUUUUCUCAUUUUUCUGAGAGAAGAAUGUAAAGUGUGAAACUAACUUUGAGGCUACUACUACUACUACCACUACUAUAAGGUUUAGCAAUUGUAGAUCUACUUGGUUAGGUUUGAGCAUGAUGGAUUAGGUUUAAACGAAGAUCAUGGAUUGGCUUAAAACACAACGGACCCAUGGAUGUGAGCAGUCAAACUAAGAAAAAACUGGAAACAUCAGGAGCAAAACAAAACUUUCACCUCACAAAUUCAGAGAGGAUUCUACAGACUAUUCUGACUCUGGACAUGUUUAGGAUUUUUCAAUCUUUGGUCUUGGAACAUAAAAUUAUGUCGAUUUUUUCCCCUUUUUUCACACGUGAGGAACAGAGGUUUGUAUGAACAAAUGAAAAAAGGUUAUUCGCUGAGGAGGAGCAUGAAGAUGGCAAUAAUUGUAAAUGACCUCAUUAAUAUUUUGUAAAGUGUUUUGUAAAGUUAUGAGUGACUAUUGAUUGUUGGAGUGAAUGCUUUUAUUUUGAAAGUCACAGAGCGACAAGGUGCCGUAAAUCAAGUGGCGUAAACCAUAUGGCAGAAGCGCGAGUUUUAAUGCACAGAGAGAAGGUGUGCUCUUUGGUUAAUGGACGGGAAUAGGAAAAAGAACGGCUAUUAAGGUGCAACACUGAGUCGAAAGCAGUUUCUUAGCACCUGGUUGAUGAGGGAACAAGGUUUGUAACAAAGUUUGACCUGUAGAUAUGUAUUUUGUUGUUUUACGGAGCAUAUAGCUGCUGACCGCUACUAAGCAUAAAGGCUAAGUUUUCACCCACUAGAGGGCGCUAACGUACCUCGUCAUGUUUAGGCAGCGAUGCAACGAUUUCCCUGUUAUAUGCAAUAAUUUACAAGUUUUAGUGUUAUUUGUUAUGUAAGGUAAGGAGAAUUAAUUUGUGAUUAAUGAAUAAGUCAAAAGGUUAAAGGUAACACACUGUUUGAUUUACUAAUAGUCUUUUAUUCUGUUGUAGCUCUUACGGUGUGUUCACAUACACGGCUGUUUAAUAAAAGGAUUGUGAACCAUUUUCAACCGGGGAUGCUACAAUAAUAUCAAAAGAAAGAACUCAGGAUUUCAAAGUUUCAUUAGAGUUAUUGUUGACAAUAAUUUACACAAAUGUAAUAAAGCUUUCUAUGACUGGUAAAA